AGGCGACUAGAGAACAGCCCACUUCCACACUCCGUGUCUCAGGACCACUGUGCCUGUCAACGAAAGAUGCCAAUCGCAGGCAGCCUUUAUCAGAUCUCUGGGAUCCGCCAGGUUAAAAAAAAAGAAAAGAAAUUCAGGUUGAGGGCAGAAAGGAAACGAGUAAUAGCAAACUCCAAUACACCAAGAAAGCUCCUUAUACACAUGUACUUAGGAUCCCGUACACGGAACCAGUAGGUUUUUUUCCACCGCCCGGAGGACGCAGAGCACCCCAAUCAGGAACUUUAAAAGAUUGAAAUCUGUUGCCUGUUCCACUACGAAUAUUGUUUGCAAGGCACAAGGUGUCUUUUGGUAGUGAGCACCCUCUGCGCAUGCGCAGGUCCAUUCGGGAAUUACUGCCCUGCCGCCGACUAAGUUGCAUUCCUGGAAUCUUCGCAGAAAAAAAGACAAUUCUUUAAUCACAGUAGUAAUGUGGACAGUACAAAAUCGAGAGAGUUUGGGGCUCCUCUCUUUCCCUGUGAUGAUUGCCAUGGUCUGCUGUGCACACAGCGCCAAUGAGCCCAGCAACAUGUCAUACGUGAAAGAGACAGUGGACAGGCUGCUCAAAGGAUAUGACAUUCGCUUGCGGCCGGACUUUGGAGGGCCCCCGGUGGACGUCGGGAUGCGCAUCGAUGUGGCCAGCAUUGACAUGGUCUCCGAAGUGAACAUGGAUUAUACACUCACCAUGUACUUCCAGCAGUCUUGGAAAGACAAAAGGCUUUCUUAUUCUGGAAUCCCACUAAACCUCACGCUAGACAACAGGGUAGCUGACCAACUCUGGGUACCAGACACCUACUUUCUGAAUGACAAGAAAUCAUUUGUGCAUGGGGUUACAGUGAAAAAUCGAAUGAUCCGACUGCAUCCUGAUGGAACAGUGCUCUAUGGACUCCGGAUCACAACCACAGCUGCGUGCAUGAUGGAUCUGCGAAGAUAUCCUCUGGAUGAGCAAAACUGCACGCUGGAGAUAGAAAGUUAUGGUUAUACCACUGAUGACAUUGAGUUUUACUGGAAUGGAGGAGAAGGAGCAGUAACCGGAGUUAAUAAAAUUGAGCUUCCCCAAUUUUCAAUUGUUGACUACAAGAUGGUUUCCAAGAAGGUGGAGUUCACAACAGGUGCAUAUCCACGACUGUCACUAAGUUUUCGUCUGAAGAGAAACAUUGGUUACUUCAUUUUGCAAACCUACAUGCCUUCCACACUGAUUACAAUUCUGUCCUGGGUGUCUUUUUGGAUCAACUAUGAUGCAUCUGCAGCCAGAGUUGCACUAGGAAUCACCACGGUGCUGACAAUGACGACGAUCAGCACUCACCUCAGGGAGACUCUGCCAAAGAUCCCUUAUGUCAAAGCGAUUGAUAUUUACCUGAUGGGUUGCUUCGUGUUUGUGUUCCUGGCUCUGCUGGAAUAUGCCUUUGUAAACUACAUCUUUUUUGGGAAAGGUCCUCAGAAGAAGGGAGCUGGCAAACAAGACCAGGCGGCCAAUGAGAAGAACAAACUGGAGAUGAAUAAAGUCCAGGUCGACGCCCACGGCAACAUUCUCCUCAGCACCCUGGAAAUCAGGAACGAGACAAGCGGCUCGGAAGUGCUUACGAGCGUGAGCGACCCCAAGGCCACCAUGUACUCCUACGACAGCGCCAGCAUCCAGUACCGCAAGCCCCUGAGCAGCCGCGAGGCGUACGGGCGCGCGCUGGAGCGGCGCGGGGUGCACAGCAAGGGGCGCAUCCGCCGGCGCGCCUCUCAGCUCAAAGUCAAAAUUCCGGAUUUGACUGAUGUGAAUUCCAUAGACAAGUGGUCCCGAAUGUUUUUCCCCAUCACCUUUUCUCUUUUUAACGUCGUUUAUUGGCUUUACUAUGUACAUUAAGGUCUGACCUACUGGCUCAAUGUAGACGACUUUCCUCUUGUUUUUUAACCCCACAGGUCCCCAGCAGCGAUACUGCUGUGUUUUUUGAGGUAAGAGAUUCAGCCAUCCGAUUGGUUUUUGGUCUUGCAAAUCAAUUUUGUUAGUGCACCAUGUUUACUUAAAAAAAAAAAAAAAAAAAAAACCCAACAACUAUUUUUUUCCAGUCUACUGUGGUCCAGGUUACGAGCGCUUCAAGAGCUCUAUUAAUUGCCAUGUUUACAAAAAAUAAAUAAACAAACAAACACAAAGAGAGAAGUUAGAUAGAUAGAUCCUUAGCUGUCUUUCCUAGAGGCCCAGAAUUUUGAUUUAUUUUUUAAAUGCAAAUGGUAAGGGGACCUAGCUCUCUGUCUGCACUGCUUCCUGGUAAACUGCAACAAUCUCAUGCUGCCAAAAAAAAACACCACCACAAUUUCCAGGAUCUCAGAAGAAAAACAAAGCCAUUGACAAAUUACAGAUUUCCAGGAAGAAGGCGGGGGAAAAAAAAAGGAGCCUAGAAGUGAAAUGAAGACUCCCCUUCACUCUUAAAUUCCCCCAAAUUCCUCCAUAGGAAGAGCAAGGAGGGAUUGGCAAGAGCAAAUCAAGGUUAUGCAAAUUGGCCCUGCUAUCUUCACCUCACCUUGAAGCUGGAUAUUCUGAAAAAUGCUUCUUUUUCAGACUUCCAGGCAAAAUUAACAGUAGAAUCAAACUUGGGAGCCAAUGAGAACUUUUUUUCCUUCUUGAGAAUGAGGAGUUUGGGGGACAAUGACCAUUUUUCUAACUGUCCAUCUCAUUAUCCUGGAAUCACUUGAUGCUGUGCCGGUGCAGUCAUGCCAUCACAUUUCAUAGACGCUGCUUCAGAGAGAGUGAGAGCAAGGGGGUGAAAAGAAGGGGAUGGUGGGCAAUUUUUGCUUGAAAAAAGCAUUCCCCUUUCCAAGAGGAAGGCAAGAUUUAUGUGCUGUGAAAAGGGUGCCUGGGCAGUUACCUGAACUGCCAAAUCUUAAAUCAAAUAGUAUAUAUUUCUUGGCCUUCCAGGGAGCAGUAUCUAAUGAUAGCAGGCUAGUCAAACAGGACUCAGCUAGCACUUUGUGGCUCUUCUCUCUAUGUUCUGCAUUCCAAAAUAUGAAAUGAAUGCUUCAGGAGAUGCAUGCACACACAUUUUAAGGAAAACCUUCAAAAUAGCAAAACCACAGAUAACAUCAACAAUGACAAAAGCACCAAGCCUUCAAGCAUUUACACCAGCCGCUGAAGUGUUUACCUCACCCAUACAUUAAUUGCUUUCUUUACUGCUCUGCCUUAUCUGUGCUCAUGCAUUACGAUGGUCUUGGUUCUCAUGGAAGAGGCCUCCCUCAAUAGCCCACCAAGGCAAAUUCUAAUCAAGCCCAGCCAACCACCAUUGGGAUUUGUCCCACUGUGUGCCAUUAAAGCCUCUUUAUUUAUUUUAGCUUGGGCUAUCUAAGCGCUCUGUAUGUUUACUCGCAAGGUUGAGUGAAACCCUAAGGAAACCAGUCUCCUUAGAUUCAGACCUUGGAUUUGGGACCUGAUGUAUGAAUGUGAAAUGAGGAUUGAGGAAAUAAUGGGGAUUAUUGUCUGUUUUGGUGAUUUGGCUUUCUCCCUAAGACUGUGAUGGUUGAGAGGCCAUGCUUACAAUAGCAUCAGCUGCUGGAAAUUAUGGUCUUAAUUGGAAAGAUAAGGCUAAAUUCCUACCAAUGAGCCCAGAGGGAAAGAGUUAUGAGAUAUUCUUUUAGAAAACAAGAAGUAAAGGGAACCCCAAAAUAAAUGAAUGUUUAUAGCUGAAGACAAUAUACCUUUAGUAGGAAUAUAAAACUGCUACUUUACCUGGCAAAAUUAUCUCAGUGGUCUCAUGAGAAUUUAGGAGGGUGUGGGAACCAAAUUUCCACUUAGUUUUCAAUUGUAUUAUCACAGUUCACUGGUCAAGGAAAUCCCCAGCCUCUCAGGACCAGUUGAUCCAGACUGAAACUCUGUUCAGUCCAUUGGCGGGCUGAGAUACCAUAUCAUCAAUAACCACUGCAAAAUGCCCAGUUGAGUGGAAUGUGACCUUACCAGUGAUUGUAAGGUUAAUAUUCCAAAUAAUCCAGGAACUACCAUGCAGCCAUUUAUUUUAACCACAGGAAGAUUUUUGGCUGAUUCCUAACAGAAAUGAGUCAUUCUGAUGUCAAAGCACUUUAGAAAGCUUUUAAGAAUGAUAUGCUAACUCAGAAAGGAAGUGUUUGUAAACUAUAUGUUACUUACAACAAUUGCUCUUUACUUCUUCAUUUAGGUUAUUCAUCUUGGAAAAGAUUGAGGCAAUGUAUAUUGUUAUUAUUAUUUUAUCUUGCCUUUAAAACUCUAUAGAAUCUGAUGCUUGCACAUUUAGAUGUAAAGCAUCUUUGAGAAAAAAAUGAAUAUAUUGGAUUCUUAUACCACCCUGAAUCUUCCCAUCAGGCACGAAAUGGUAUCCCUCUGUGCCUCUCUGAACAAUUGUGGGCUCAGAGCCACCAUUAUUCAAAUCCUGUUAAAUAGUUCUGAUUUUAGAGACAGUGGCAGCCAGAAGAAUGAAAAAGCUGCCAUAUUCCUGGUUAAUGACCUCUGUCCCCCUUCCAUCUUUCUGAAUACCUCCUGACUAAAUCCUCCCCUCUUUGAUCCCCAUCCAGUCCCCCUCCAGGUUGAACAAUACAUUGGAAAAAAUUCUCCUCUGCCUCUCUCCCUUGUCUUGCCCAAAAUGGUGUACAGAAAACAUAAAAGUUAUUAGGCAUUCUUAAGUGCCCUCAAAUUGGUUCUCAUCCCUGAAGGAUUCAGAUCAUUAUACUAUGGAGAGUUACUAUUGAACUAUUAUUGGGUGUUUUCUUUCUGCCAUGAAAAUAGCCAUAAUCUGCUACAUUACUUAAGUGGCAGCAGAGGCUGAAAAUUGCAUGAGCUCACUCUCUUACGCCACAGUCAUGUCCAGGUGACCCAUUGUUCACAGAUCAUAAAUCUUGUCAUAGACUUCACCUGUGUUGAACCAGCAGAAACCUCAUCUCUCACUUCACAAUGAUGGCUACACAUGCAUUCCUUCCAUUCAUGUUACUUAGCUUAAUAUAUCAGGGGUGACAUGUGCAUUAUACUUACCAGCUUUGUGAGGGAAAGACCCAGGUAAAGACAUAUUUUUGGCUUGAAUUACCUGGGAGGAUUGCCUCCAUCCUUUAUGUUGCCGAAUAGAAACAGCAGACUGGUUGGUAAUUUUGCUGACUGAAUGGUAUGUGUUUUCAUUCAUGCAUAGUGCAUUGAAGUCAAUGAGGGACCUUGAAAAUGCAAAGAGUAAAAUGUGGUGCAGAGAAUAAACUUUGGUUUAUGGGUCCAAGGAUAGGAUUUCCUUAAAACAAACAUUAUGUUUCAACACAUAGAAAUGUUGACUAAAUUCCAUCUUUCUAAAAUAAAUUACUGUUUUAUAAAUAUUCAUUUAAGAAAGAGCUGAAUUAAAAUUUGCCAAGUUAAAAAACAAGAUGUAUUUAUAAUGCUAGAAGGAAAUUAUCUCCAAGAUUUCUUAUAUGGAGUAUAUUGUUUAGUAUUUUACCACAGGGUGAUGUUCCACCAUUUUUUCCCUUAAGCAAACUGUAAUCAUAUGUCCCAGUAGGGAGGAAAAAGGAAUGUGCAAGCAUUUGUUCAUGUUGGAUCAAUCAGCAAUUACUGGGAUGAAGAAGACAGAAAACAAACACAAAUAUCUGUUUCCUGAAAGCAAACCAUAAACACAAAGGUAAACUUGUUAACAGAGUGUAGAAUAUUGUGUAAACUUUCCUGUAAAUUCUGUACAUAGUUCAUUGAACUGUUCCCUGUUGCUUGGUGGUCCUCAGCUUUGGAUGGAUGUUUGAAAAAUCUGAACAUUGUAAAUAAUGUAAGCUUAUAAGGCACUUGCUUUUAUUCAUGAAGUGAAAUGACCAGUGAUUUGGGCCCAAACCAGAAUCUUUUUAGCUCUUGCUCUUUCUCUGCCAUUUUGCGUGUGCAGUUGUGUAACUGUGCUGCAAGCCAUAGCCAGGUGUCUGUGAUCACUGCCUCAUGCCCUUACCCCACUGAAAUGGACAGCAGCUGCUGAGAAGGCUGCCAGCUUGUGGGGCUCAGGAACAGUGCACCAGCAGAAACAGGAACUGUAGAGAGCUGCUCCUUGAACUGUGUCAUGAAAAGUAGAUGCAUUUUUAUCAGUCAUUACUGCUAGCCAUCUACUCAGAUCCUGAAUUAUCCAUGCGGUUGAGAGGGUCAGGAGUGGAAGAGAUAGUAACAAUCCACAGGUAAUCCAAAGCUUCAUUUGUGCCAAUAGCUUUAGCUUCUAACUUCUUCCCUUCCAAAAUGUUUCCCAGAACUGCUAAUAAGAAUACAAGUGGAUAGAGGAGUUUGAUCAGGGUAAAUAGCUAAUGUCCAAUUAAAGGUAAGGAGAGAAGGAAGGGAAAUAGCAAAUGACAUUGAUAACUUACCAACUGGAUGGUUCAUGGCCAAAAGAUCCAGAGGUAACCAUGCCAUAUUUUUAAAAUGUAAAAAUAAAUGUUGGCAUAAACUCACUGGUAAUAAAAACAAGCAUUUUUAAAUUAGAGGCCAGGGAUAAGUUUGAUGUCUGCUCCUUAAGCUUAAGAGAGAGUCUGGUAAUUAAGUGUUCCCAAAUAUCUUUCUUGGAAGUACUGAUAUGCUUGAAAAAGUCUUUAUAAUGGUGGGAUAUUAUGCCACAAGAAGUGUUUCCAUGCAAACUGGCAGUCCCAGAGAGGGUGAUGUCAUCCACACAAAUUCAGAAUAUCCAAGUGAGAAAGAAAUAGAUUGGUUUCUUAAUAAUGUUUUAGAGUGGAUAAUGACAAUGUUUUUUAGUAAUGUUUUAGAUUCUUAGCAAUGUUGGGCUGUUUAUGCUAGCAUUUGAAGUGCCAGAAUGGUGCAAGGAGUCAUUGUUGCAUAUUUGGGUUCAAAAUGGACCUGCUAGGGUUCACCAUCAAUUGUAGAAGAAGCAUGCCUUAAUGAUAUUUGAACAAAUCAGGUUGGUCAGUUUCUAGGUCCAGAACACAAUUUGCUUUUACUGUAAACAUUCUUUUCCUAGAUAACUAAAAUCAACUAAACUGACAGGAAAACUUAGUUGUUGGAGGCUACAAAGUCACAACCUUGAACUGGAAAGAAAAUCUUUUUUAAUAAGAGAACUGCAAACCAGAAAAUAAUAUGUUCCUGGAAGAAUAAGGGUAAAGAUAGUUUUGCAUGUUUAUUCUCACUUUUAUAGCAAGAAUUUCCUUAUUCAUAUUGAAGUGGUCUAGCAGUUGUUUUUGUGGUUUUGGUGUUUUGUAUGCUUUUUUUUCCCCUAAUUAAAAAGUCCUUAGUACAUCAAGGGACUCACAACCAUUCCCAGAUUUUUAAUAUCGUAGAGCUACCAACAUUCAUCAAAAAGGCUUCAAAUGUGGGAAAAGUAGGUGUAGUUUUGAACCAGUUGGGGAAGAAAACCAUUCUUAAGUAGCAACUCUAUCUGCAUUUCUUGUUGUGCAGACAAUCAAAAAAUAAAUCAAUAACAAUAAACCAAUAAUGAGAGGCCAAAUAACAUUAUGCAUAUGCCUUAGGUAUACAGGGUCACGGAAUCAUUAGCUCAAAACAGUCCCAUUUGGAUGCCAAAGGACAAAGAGCAAUCAGUAUUGCCAUCUGUUCAUGUUUCUUCCUGGGUUUCAUUUUGAAAAGAAACAGGGAAAGGGGGCUAUUUCCAGUAUAAUUUUUGUAGGUACAAAUUAUUAAAAUAUGAUAGGUGUGUGCAUUUUUAAAGUUUAGCUUAUGUGAAAUACAUUAGUUCUCUGUUUUCAUUCCUUCCAACACCAUAUAACAUUUUGCCUCAUGUUAACCCAAUGAAAUCAAUUCAUUUUCUUCUUUCUCAUUUUCAACCCUCAUAAGUUAUCUUGCCCAUGAAUAGUUGGCAGCUUCUGCUUCUUUAGAUUGAUAUUGUAUAUCUUCAAUUGAGUUCUCAAAAACAACUAAUUUUAAAGAUUUUCCAAAUUCCUGUUCCCUGCCUUGGGUUAUUUUUCUUUUCUAAAAGCUUUUCUGUCCCUUAUAUAAAUAGUACAUGUAUUUACAUAAACCUCCUCCCUCCCAGUCUAUUUCAAAAUAAAGUGGAAAUAAAAACCCAUCAGCUCAUACCUAUAGAAAUUUACAUUAUCUACAAAAGACUUUGAAAUAAGGCCAUCUCCUUUCAUUAUAGUCAUAACAUGGUGAAAUCACACAGAAUCAGUUCUUCAUCAAACUUGUUUAUUCAUGCCUUCCUUCAGGCUUAAUUGUAUACCAUUUUAAAAAUAUAUUGUUAUUCCUUCUCGAAUGAUUUAGCAUUCAAGUAACACACCUCUGGUUAUAUGCUUUAUCCAGUAAGAACUUCGCCCACACUUAAUCCUAUAUAUAACUUAUACUUAUUACAGAUUUCUACUUCUAUGCAUCACCCUAUAUAUUCCCCCUCAGCAGACUUUAAAUAAAGUUGGUAAAUGGACAUAAUGCAAACCAUCUGAAUUGCCCCUGUAAAAUAUGUAGACAGUCUUUUUCCUCCGGACAGCAUUUCACAGAUUUAGACAUCAGAGAGCUCUUCAGAUGUAUACCAGGAAAUAUGGCAGCCUAACCUUGAGAAAUUGACACUACAUGAGCUACAUGGUUGGAAGAGGGAAAUUAUGGUGGAUGGAAGACACUUUGGAUUAGGAUUGGGAGACUUGGACUCUCUACUGGCUCUGCCUCUGACCAGUUGUGUGACUUUCUACAUACUACCAGAUGCAUGUAUCUUUCCAGAGCUAAACUUCCAGAGCUAAACUUCCAAGUUAAUUUUAGAGAGGGUCAAUAAAAAUAUUUCUAUCUUGUCUAAAAGCAAGUUCAGAAGUAAGGCGGUUCGUUACUAGGUUGGUUAUUUCUGUAGCAUAAUGAUGUCAUCAAGGACCCAGGUUCUUUCCAUAAUGAGCUUUUCCUUCCUCUGCAUGUCAUCAGCACCUUUGCUGGUUGCAAAAUGGCUGCAAGCACCCCUCCUCACACACCAAUAUCAACAGACAGAAAUGAGCAAGUUCUGCCUUCAAUCUCUUCUUAGGAAUAAGGAAAUCUUUCUCAGUAGCCUUCCCUUUAGUUCCAUUGGUCUGACCAGGGUUAGAUUAAACAUCUAUUCGUGAACUAGUCAUUAACAAGAGGAAGGGAAUUUUCAUGGUUGGCUGGCAAUAUUAACCCCAAGAUAUUCCCAAUGCUGAAAAAAAAUGGGAUAUGUUAACAAAGAAGAAAGAAGCAUGGCUUUGGGGUAAGCAAGCAAUAAUGACUGCCACACGUUAGUCUAGGGAGUCAGAAAACACUUUCCCACACAUUUCAGGAGCUGAUCUCUACGCCACCUUUGAAGUUAUGAUGACAAUACCCAUAGGUGGAAAUAGAGGCUUAAAUAGGUUAAAUGAUUUACUCAAGUUCCUAUAGCUAAUUAGUGGUGGAGCUAGUAUUUAAUCUGAGCUUUUCUUGACUCCUACACUAAAGCUCUUUCAACUCUACUCCACUGCCUAGAUUCAAUCAUUUUACCUUGACAAUCCAGGUUUUAGAUAGCUCAAAGAUGAGCAGAAAAUAGGAGGGAAGAGAAAAUAAAUUCCCACUUCCAGUAACUAGGUACUAUGCCCAGUAGUUCUUAUUCUUGUUCUUAUUCCUUCUGAUCCCCAUCUUCUAUCCACAAACAAAAGCCUUUCAUCAUUCUCUUGAGAGGAAGUGUAGAAGGAAAAGCUUGUGCAAAAACGGAAUAGCCUAAAAAUGUGGCCCAGUUCUUUGUGGAUAACAUUAUUGUUAGGGGACCAUAUGCCCUCGUUUGCCUGAGACAGUCCCAGGAGGCAAUUUUUAAUAGGACCCCCUUUCACUCUUAAAAUUGUCCAUUUAUAUAAUAAAGUAUAUGGUAACCCUAAUUAGGGGGGGUCUCAGCAACCUGGAGAGUAAGGAAAAUAUUAAUAAAUUUAAUAUUAGCACAUUGGAGAAUAUAUAUGUCUUGGCUUCCUAUGAAUUUAUUUGUUAAGUCUGAGCUCAGUGUUCACUACCCAUGCUCAAUUUAUUUAUCAUAUCCUCGUCCUUCCUCAUUGUUCACCUCCCUCAGCAAGACAGUCCUCAGGCCUUCUCUAUACCUGGCUACCAUGCCAACACUAUCCCCAAAUGUUCUCAUUGACGUUUUACAUUUUAUUUCCACUGCCAAGAUAUUCCUCUUCCCAGCCUCAUCCCAGUGGUAGAUUCUGGUUCAGGCCAACAUCCUCUAGGAAGCCAUCCAUGAGUAAAAAUUCCCUUGUUCUGUUCAUUCUCCUGCUAGCCCUCCCUCAAUUCUUAUGGCCACUUUGUCCAAUAAUAAUUAGUAUUUCAUUGGUAUGUUAUCCAGUGGGUUUGCAAAUAGGUAUUCUAUCUCCUUAAAUAAAAUGUGAUGUCAUUAAGGGUAAACACCCCAUUUUUCUAGUUUUUUUGGAAUGCCCAAAACAUCUAUUGUUCUGCCCAUGGUAUAGAGUCUUGAAAUGCUAAAUAAUGACUUACAAUGGUAAAUAUUGCAUUAGAGACACACAUUCCUGUAAAGGGAAAUAGUUCAGACCACAGAAAAAUACCUUAUGAGGCAGGUCCCUUAUACAAUCUCUCCCAAGUUAUUUGAGUCCCAUAAAGCCUGUGCCUACAGCCCCUAUAUAGAUAAAAACUGCAAAAGUUACGAUGGAGCCCUGGUGGGAGUCCUGUCCAAUUAUUAAUUGAGAUUAUGUCCAUUGUUUAUAACUAAAAAGACUCAACCCUGAAAACACCACCAUUCUAGAUCCUAUCAAUUUUAACAGAAUUGAACUUUCCAUGCUUUUCCCUAAUGGGCCAUUUUUUUUUUAUUUAAACUUUUAUUUUUCCCCCCUGGUUAUACACAUUUGCCUUAUUAAAAGCCUUUUGAAUCUAGGUUGUGUGGAGUAUUUAUUCUUGAAGCUGGAAAUGAAGUGCAUUAUCAAUGAGGCACUCCAAUGUAGGGUCUAAGAGAAUACUUCCAGAGAGCGUUGCACACCAAAUUUUAUUCCGCCAAGAUAUUAAUAGAAGGUCAAAAACUAUCUAAAGGGUAUGGACAGUUCUGGGCAUUCGCCCCUUCCCCCCAAAAUGGCAUAAAAUAGUACAGGGAAAUGCCUUUUCUGCGCCCUCUUCAAUUGUUAACUUUCCUGUCCUCCUGACAUAUAUUAUUUACUUUGCAUAAAAUAAAUAUAUUGUUUGCAAGCCUUACCUCAGUGUGGCAACCAGUAACCCCAGUUUUACAGGAUAACAUAUUUUUCUACUUGAUAUUCUGCAACAACUCAUAGAGUUGCAGUGUAUCUGCUUUUUCUUUUUUUAAACUAAUCAAUUAAUUAUUAAUGUUUCCUAUGUCUUUUUUAAAUACUCACUGGAUAAAGCUUGAAAUACCGUGUUUUGCAACAAUGUCCGUGAAACAUUUUUAGGGAAGCUCCUUGAUUAUUCUAACUCCCUGCAGUGUCAUAGAAAACAGAAUUAUAUAUCCAAGUCAUCUUUCACAUCCAGAACAUCCACAACUCUUCUAAAUAGGAGAUGCUAUGAUUAUAUAUAGUUAUUAACUGUGUUGCUCAAUUCCUGAUUUUAAAGAGGGUUAAUAACCUCUUGAUAAAAACUACCAUGUGUCAUUAUUACAAAGUCAGGACUGCAAUGGUUUUUGGGAAGUUACAAAUGAUAUAAAUGUUUACAUGGACCAAAACUAUUCUGACAUUUUUAAAUAAGCUUUUUAGUUUUGACCACCAGGUAGCAUUUUGUGCCAGAGUGAUGGCAGUCUAAUGGUUAUUGUGAAAUAAUGUUGUCAUGUCUUAAAAAGCUUAUGGAAAUGUAAUUUGAAAGUUAAAUAUUGUUUAAAUACAAAUAAAACUGUUUUUGAGAGAAAAGUAUCUGGGUUGAGGGUUGCUUAAAAAAAUCCUCUUAGCUGUCCAUCAUCUCCGUAUAAUUAAACUCCUUGAGACUUUACCUGAGGAGACUCAACCUGAAACAAAGACUUUUUAUACAGUGAUUUGGGAGGUUUGGGGAAAAUAAGACUCAUUAGGUUAAAGAAUAAGAAUAUCACUAUACUGCCAGCAAUGGAACACCUCUUUGGCUACCACCUCACUAAAACUUUAUUAAAUCCAAAAUUAGCUAAGUUUUCCAAACCAGUCUCCUGCUACAACUAUGUUAAUUCAUAGCAUCCUAUACUAAAUAGCUGGGGCUUUCAAAAGCAGGUGCUACGUAUAUGCAGAAAGAAAUGCAUAGCUUCCGUUGCCUCUCAAAAUCCGUUAUGCUAAACUGACCAAAUAUGCUAGAGGAUGUUGAAUGUUUUAUUCCUUGUGCUUUUAAAUCUCCACAAAUCAAUUUGUUGAAUUAUCUAUCUACAUUCCUACCAAACAUGAUUUAGCUAAUUCACAUCCUGAUUGGGAUUACACAGUUCUUGUAAAUAAAAUAAUCUCUUUCUCCCACUUUAUUUUUCAGCAGGCAGAACUUCUUGAAUUUCAAAGAAAUAUAAAAUAUUUUAUGCCCCUUUGCUCUUUUGACAUAAGCAUUUGCUUUCUUACAUAAACAGGUAAUUCUUUUGUAUACCUAUUCGACCACUAAAGAAGCUAAAUGGCAAGAAUGAGUAUUUCUGGAAACCUGUAGAAAUUUUAAUGAAAUCGGAUAGGUUUAAUAAAUGUUAAGAAAGGAAACGUGAACUACUUACUUUUAUAAUUCAAGUUUUCUAUUUUGUAUCAAUAUAUGCUGCAUUUUCUGAUUGAAACAGCUGUUCUGUCCAAUGAAACUUGUGAAUUUCUGUAGUUGCUUUUUGCAUUUAAAAUCAAAGUUUCAUACAGUGUGUGCUUGAUUGUACCCUUUCUGUUAGGGAUUUGAUUAAAAUAUUCUAAUCAUUUCAUUAAUUACUUUACGCGCAUAAAAUAGGUGACUUCGUACCUUCUUUAUCUCUAAAGCUAUCCGUGGAAAAAUCCAUGAAACCUAUAGACUGUGAUUUAUACAGAAGACAUAGAUUUUUCUCUAAGCAGUGAUUCAGUCAAUAAGAAUCAGUGGCCUCUUAUUCCUGACUCUUUUAUCCUUCAUGGCCUUUUUCUAUUCUUAUCCAUUCAUUGAGUAAUCAUGUGUUCUUGUAAAAUGCAAAAUCAACUUACAUACAAUCAGGUAUGGACACAAGAAAUGCUUGUGCUCUCGAUUUCAGGACUUACAGAUACCCCAGCAGUCACAUGACUGCAGUUCACUCAAUAUUUUCAUUAAUAAUGUGGCUUUGUUAUAAAAUAAGUUGCUGUUUUCUUUGCUUUGGUACAAGAUUUUAAAAACUGUAGCAAUGAAAGAAAGAACACAUUUGAAGGCUGGUGUCAAAAAUCAUCAGCUAUAUUUACAAGAGCCAUUGUGCAGCUUCUGAAAUGUACUUUAUUGCUGUAAAUAUGUACAAUUUAUGUAAGCUUGCUUAUUCCUAAAGCACAAAUAAAACUUUUUUUAAAUUAAAAAUGCCUACAUAUAAAAAAGCUUACUUUGUACUAUGUUUUAAGACAUGCAAGAUUUCAGGCAUAUCUUUUUAUAAUCCUUAAAAAUGUCUAGAAUUCUGAAUCUAUCAUUUGAGAGCUUUUAUUGUGAAAUUUAAUACAAAGCUGAAUCCCUUUAUUUGGAAGAAAUUUAUUGCAUAUUAUCCAACAAUUGGAAAAAAAAAAAAAAAUACCAGCACUUUUCCAGGAGCUUAUAUCUGUAUCACUUUGAUUUUUUUCAAUAUCCUUUAAGACAACACUCUUUACGAACAUUUGAACAUAUGGAGUAUUUACAUAUUAGGGAAGAAAAGAAAUGAAUGGUCUCCUUGGAUUAAAAAAUGAUUCAUAAACAGACUUAAUAGCAUCCAUUUGUGAGGUGUAUUAUAUCAAUUUCUUUUAAAUCUCCACUGUAAAUAUGAAUAUUAGAGUUGACCUAUUUGACAGUCUUUCCUAAUUUGAAGACCUCCAACUUCCAAGCUCAUUCUCUCCCUUCAGAAAAAAAUGUGUUGAUAAUAAAAGAAUAA